AUUAACGACUGAACCUAAAUAAAACAAAACUCAAUCACUAACAGUCCUACCCGCAAGGGUCAACUUAAUUUACUCCCACCCGAUUCAUUUAUGAUUCUUCCAUACCAUAUCCCCUUGCUGUAGCUAUCUUGCCCGAAAUGAAUGCAUGAAAUUGGCUAUUAAGAAAAACCUAAUAGAAUAAACUAUAUUAUUCUAGCAAAAUUGAUGCCUACCAAUCAAAUAAAAUACAUUAUUCUGCACAACUGUAUCCAAGUUGACUUAUCAAGAUUCAGCCACCUCAAUCACCGUAAACGUGUUCAGUUCACUUCCAUGAACAGCGAGAUCCCGAACCUUAGCUGGAAAUCCUCGUAGAUUCCCCUUCCGUUCAUCGAUGCUCAAAACCGUCAAAACAAUCAAGAUUCUCUUCCUCCCACUACAAAUUCCCCUCUCCAACUUUCAUCUUCUUCUUCUUCUCUGUGCUUUUUCCUCUGCAACUGCCCUUCCCCUGUUUGGAUAAACAAGAAGCUUUCGACGCUUCAUUUGCUAAAUAAUUGCUCUCUCUGUCACUUUCUUAUUUGGCGGGCCUCAUAAAUAAAAGAGAGAUUCAAAGUUCCAGGAUACCUGAGAUUCCUCCCAAAGUAACAACCUUUCUGAGCGAAACAGUCCCAAAUAUACAGAGUUCUUCUCCCUAUUCACUGAUUUCGACGGGUUUGUCCUGUUUCCAUGGUUGCUGACCUACUGUGAGGAUCCCUCUCUCCCUUAAAAUCGGUGAGAGCUUUCUUUCCCACUUUGACUACGCCCCACCAUUGUUCCACCUUCCUGUUUUCCCGCGAACCAUUUUCGUUGAAUUGAAUCCCAUGGUAAAACCAGACAAAAAACACAACUGGGGUUUUUUUUUUUUUUUUUUUUUUGGGGUCAGAAUUCAGUCUCUGGUUUUGACUAGCCUUUCUUUCCCACUUCUGAUUCCUUUUUUCUCUUGGACCAUGAUUUCAACUUUCAGAUUCAUCUUUUGGGUAGUUCCCUAAGCUGGGGUUUUUUUCAUGAUGGUUAAUAUUUCGAUUUUCGUUCCCAUCUGCAGGAUUUUUCAGGACUCCCUUCACUGAUAUCACAGAGAAUCCUCUCAAGUGGGUUGAGAAUGUAUUUAGUGGAAAGCAAAGGAGGAGCCAUAUUAUGUAUGCUGCUGGCAUUGCUCUUCUUAGGCACUUGGCCUGCUGUCUUAACCCUGCUAGAGAGAAGGGGCCGUCUCCCUCAACACACCUAUCUCGAUUACUCCAUCACCAAUCUGUUAGCAGCCAUCAUCAUAGCUUUCACAUUCGGUGAGAUUGGAAAGAGCUCGUAUGACUCCCCUAAUUUCAUUCCCCAGCUCUCCCAGCUUGGUGAGAACUGGCCUUCUGUUCUGUUUGCAAUGGCGGGUGGGGUUGUGCUCAGCUUGGGGAAUCUUUCGACUCAGUAUGCUUGGGCGUUUGUCGGUUUAUCGGUCACUGAAGUGAUCACUGCUAGCAUCACAGUUGUGAUAGGUACUACUGUUAAUUACUUCUUGGAUGGUAGGAUUAACAGGGCAGAGAUUUUGUUCCCUGGAGUUGGUUGCUUCCUUAUUGCAGUCUGCCUCGGUUCUUUAGUCCAUUCAUCCAAUGCUGCUGACAAUCGAGCUAAGCUAGAAAGCCUCUCGAGCAAUUCCAAGCUUGUGACUGAGAGAAGGGGAAAUUCUGGAGCUGAAGAAGGGUUUUCAGCCAAGAAAACAGAAGACGUAGAGAAUGGGAAUGGUCCUACAAAGCGGGCAGAGUUUGGGACAGCAGAUUUCCUUGUACAGCUGGAGAACAAAAGAGCAAUCAAGGUCUUUGGAAAGGGCACGUUAAUAGGACUAGCAAUCACAUUCUUCGCCGGAGUAUGCUUCUCUCUUUUCUCACCAGCUUUCAACUUGGCAACAAAUGAUCAAUGGCACGCAUUGGAGAAAGGAGUUCCUAAGUUGGUAGUCUACACUGCAUUUUUCUGGUUCUCAGUAUCGUGCUUUGUGCUCGCCAUCUUUCUGAACGUCUGGUUCCUUUACCGCCCUGUACUCGGCCUGCCAAGAUCAUCCUUCAAGGCUUACCUCAAUGAUUGGGAGGGCCGCGGAUGGGCCCUACUGGCAGGACUUCUCUGUGGGUUUGGAAAUGGCCUCCAGUUCAUGGGAGGCCAAGCUGCUGGUUAUGCAGCAGCUGAUGCUGUUCAGGCUCUCCCACUAGUGAGCACAUUCUGGGGGAUACUUUUGUUUGGAGAGUAUCGCAGAUCGUCGAGAAGAACUUAUGUGUUCCUUGUUGGAAUGUUGGGUAUGUUCAUUGUUGCUGUUGCAGUUCUCAUGGCAUCUUCUGGGCACCGAAAGAACACGCAGUAGCAUACCUAGUUUCUUAGAUUUCUUAUCUGUGUAUAGAGAGAUAUGAAGCAGUUGUUGAUAUCAAUCAAAGCUCAAUUCUUUGCUGAAUGAAGAGAAGGUUCUUGACUGCGAGUUGUUCUUGGCGCCGGCAGUGUGAUUAUUUCUACCCAGCAGCGUGAAGAACAGAAAGAUUAUGCCGAGUAACAAUCUGGGGAAGUUACAGCAACCUAGAACUAAGUUCAUUCCUUUAAACAUUCGUUAGAUAGAUGUUUAUUUGUCCCUUGAAAGUUCAUUUAAUUUUCUUUCCUUUCUUUUCGUUUUUUGGACAAAUCUCUGCAAACUCAGUUUCUUUUCUUCCUACUGCUUAUAGUAGUUGCUCAUUCUUGUCAAAAGAAUGACACUUUCGCUCUUUUCCUCUCUUCAGCAAUUGCUCAUUUUUCUCCAACACUUAGAUUGGCUGAUGAAACCUAAAAGUUUGAAAGAAGGAUCCUUUUGCUUGAUAAUUAAUAUAACUGAAGAAAAUGUCAGCCGAUGU